CUCUUGAGGCAAUUGAAGACUAUAAAAGCCUAGUAUGUGCACUAUUAGAAAUUCAAUAAAAAUAUAUUUCCUCUUAAUAAUAAUAUAAAAAAUGAAGUUCCAAUCGCUGAUUAUUCCUACAAUUUUUAUCGUGUUAGUUGUAUUAUUUUAUGUUCAAGCUGAAGAGGUUGGUGAAGUGGAAGUAGAAGCAAUUGCACAAGGAGGUGGAGGCAAGCGAAUUCAACGCCGAUUUUCAUGUUAUGCUGCUUGCGCUGGACAUUGUCGAGCAUAUUAUGGCUACUCCAGUUACACAGACUGCUGUGAAUGUUAUUCUCGUUACGGGUAG